AUGCUCGCGGCGACCGCGGCGCCGCGCGCGACGCCGCUCGGGACGAACGCGCGAAGCCGACCUAAAACCUCAAACGCGCGAAAAUCUUCGUCGCGCGUCGCCGAACGCGCGACGAAGGGCGCGGCGACGACGAGAAGGGCGCGGAGAAGCGUUCUCACGCGCGCGGUGAGCGGCGCGGAGACGGUGACGACGAAGAGCGGAUGCGUGGUGGAUAAGGAGGACGCGGGCGACGGCGCGGUGAAGCUCACGGUGCGCGUCCCGGAGGCGUUGCUGCAAAAGUGCUACGAUAACGUCGUCGAUGGAUUCAACGAUACGGUCACGGUGCCGGGAUUUAACGCGUCGAAGAAAGGGUCGAAGGCGUCGACGAAGAUCCCGAUGCAGUUGUUGAUAAAUCACGUGGGGAAGAAGGAAUUCCAGAGCGCGUGCGUGGAGGAGGCGUUGCAAAACUCGUUGCCGGAGGCGAUGGAACUCGUCGCCGCGACGGCGUUGCAGGAUUCCGAGCGAAUUACGACGCACUUUAUGGAUAUGUUUUCGUCUUUCGCGGGCGUGCACUCGGCGCCGUGCGAGGACAUGAAGUAUGAAGUCAUGGUCGAGAUGGAACCGACCGUCGCGUUUACGGGGGAUCACAAGAGCUUGAGCGUCAAGGUGCAGAGCCCGGGGGAUGAUGCCACCGCCCAGUACGAUGCGGAUAAGUUUUGGAACGACGCGCUCAAGGAUCAAUCUACCUUGCGUGUCGUGACCGAUCGUGGCCUCGUCUCUGGAGACGCUGCGGUGGUUGAUAUCGACGCCGUGCGCGUCAACGACGACGGCACCGACGGCGCCGCGUUGCAAGGGAUGCAACAAAAGGCGUUCCAACUCGACACUGACGGCGGCAACAUCAAGCUUCCCGGUUUGCUCGAGAAUAUCGUAGGUAUGGAAGUCGGCGACAAGAAGUCGUUCGAGAUCGUGUUCCCGGGCGAUUGGCCGCAGGAGUACGUGCGAAACGUAAAGGCAAAAUUCACCGUCACCGUGAGCGAGCUCUUCGGGCGCGAGUUCCCGAAGGAGACGGACGCUUUGGCGGAGAAGAUUUUCCCCGGCUCCACCUCCAUCGCCGACGCUAAGGCGAAAAUUUUGGAUAGCAUCACCGCAAAGUAUGAGUAUGAUUUGGAACGAGCGAUCGACGAGGCGUGUGUCGACGCUUUGGCUGAUAUUUGCGAUGUCAAAAUUCCCAAGUCGCUCAUCGAAGAGCAAGGCAGGAACAUGUACUCGGAGCAACUUCUCGCCAUGCAAGUCAAGCAGAAAUUAGCCCCCAAGCAGCUCGAGCAAUUAGCGUCGGCGAAAAUGGUGAACGAGUACCUCACCAAGCAAAAGGACGAAAUCGAGCGCGUGUGCCGACGCACCAUCGCGUGCGAGCACUUGGCCAAGCUCGAAAACCUCGAAGUCACCGGCGAGGCGCUCUACGAAGAGGUCGAAAAAGCCAAGCUAGAAUUCGAGGAGUUCGGUACGGAGUACAACGAGAAUCAGCUUUACCUCCAAGCGCAAGAUGCUUUGGAGGGUAAGCUCGCGUUCAAGUGGUUAAAGGAGAACUGCAAGGUUGAAAUCUUGCCCGCCUCGCGAGACUGA